CAGGGCGUACCCACCGACCACCUGUAUGCAGAGCCAAUGGUGCGGAUUGGUGCAGGUUGAGGAGUACCAGACUGGUUGGGGAAAGUGUUCGUGACAAAUUCCCGUUGCCUGCUGAGCACGCUGACCGUGAACGCCGGCCUGCAGUUCCUGGCGCUGCAGGAGCAGCUGGAGCGCGCCGCGGCGCCGGCGCUGGCCGACGAGGAGGUCGAGCGGCGACUCACGGGGCUCAUUCGUUACCAUCAGAAAUGUAUUCGAGCGCAGGCGUGGCGGACGCGGCCUACCGCUGCGGCUGGUACAGCCGGGGCAGGAGGAUUACUUCAUUACUCAAAGUCAUCAUUAUAAGAUCCCAGACUCCGGUCUACAUGGUUGCGACUAAAUUGGAGUUAGUGACACUCGAGAGUUUCGGAUUGCUCUUGAGCCGAGCGUGGUCCUACGCGUCUUUUCUAACAACUGUAUUUACAGAAGAUUUUUACUAAUUUGGAUUUGUAAGAAACAUUAGAUGUAAAAAAUAUAAAAGCACGCAAGUGAAAUGUAUAGUUUUCGUUAUACGUAUAACGAAACACAGAAUAAUUAAUAUAUGCUAUUAAUGUACUCUACAUAACUACGGGGUGGUCCAUACCAGACAGAUUUUUUAAAUAGGAACAGGGACCUGACCUGCCAGAUCCCGCCAGGAAAUUAGUACCAACUUAACAAAAUCCGUAAAGUUAGUUCUUCCUUUAUAUUAUUAGUCUGAAUUGAUUUUGAGAGAGUACAACCGUAUCUAAAUUGCAAUAAAACAUUUGAAUUAUUAUUAGAAAACAAAAAAGAAUAUUUCCAAGUUUUCAAAUAAAAAAUCAAAGCUCGUAAUCGGCAGGGAAACGAUUUUUUUUCCUGGCGGGGUCUCAUAGGUCCACAAAACUACUUUUAAAAAAUCCUUCUGGUCUAGUAGUUAGACCGUCCUGUGAAGUCCUGUGUAGUCCGUUUUCAUUUCGUUUUAACCAAAUUAAUUAUGACCCUGUUUGACAAGGCCUCCCCCUGUAUUGUCCAUUAAUCUGCAUUGUUUGGCCACGGUGUUCAGCGCUUACAAUUUUCUCAAUACAAAGAGUGCAGGUUUUAAAUAAGCAGGUACUUAAGUAGAGUUAUGUAUUAGUUUUAAACCAAUGUUUAUGCAAUGUGAUUAGUGUUCUAGUAGUACACAUUACUUUGGACUAGAUAGCACGAUGUAAAUUCCUAUUUAUUAUUUGUCAAUGUUUGAUAGGAAUAAUUCUGUUUAACAUUUACUUUUAUGUAAAGUUAAUAAGUGGUUAAAUGUUUGUAUAGUGCUGGUUUCCUUGGUACUAUAAACCUGUUUGUGAACUUUAUUCAGCUGGCUACAUAUUAAAUAUUCAGCUAUAAUAGAUGGGCUGGUUACAUUUAUUUAAUUUUAGAUACGUAUGACGCGGUUAUAAGUAGGUAGUACCUUUAUUUCAUAAUUUACUAUCGGGAAGUAUUAUUUACAUGUUACUUGUUUAUAAAGGUUGGUCACAACAGAGUACACAAUAAUUAUGUGUGUGUGUGUGUGUAUUUUGUGUAAUUAUUAUACACGAUAUGUGUAUCAACUGUCUUUUUCAAAUACAAUUAUUGCAUGGAAUAUGUUUAUUGCAUGUUGAACAAUGAUGAUUACCUAUCUAGUCUAGAAACUUAAUUUGAAACGAAACUGUAGUGUCACUUUAGUACUGAAACCGCCUCAUGGAUCGUUUCAAAAAACUCAACAAAAGUCACCAGAACAGCCUAGAACUGUGGCUAAAGGUUCUAGGGGUGUUCAGGAUGAACAUUUUUGUUCACUCGCUGAGUUUCUUCAAGAUUUGUUUGUUCAUAGUUAUUUAUAUGUUUAUUACGCUGGAUAUUUUGAAAAUGAUAGAUAGUACCCAAAACAGACUUUUACCUUUCUUUGUGUUUAAUACACUGAACACAACGUCACAGGGUAAGUCAAAGAGUAUACUAAUGAUUACGAAAGUAGAGUAGACUAAAGAAUUUCAGACUACACAAGGUUCUUGAAGGACUACUUACCUGAAGGAGCCCACCUACUUUAUGUGUAGGUCUACGGUCUACCAUACAUCAACAUCACUAGCAAUCAAUCUUAAUCCUUAAUAAAAUUGUAUAGCUCGACAAUUGAUUGUACCUCAGCAUUUCGACGUAGUGAGGUCCGCUUCCACUCUACAUUUAGAGCUUCUAGCCGCUUACAGGCUACAUAGUUACUUAUUAGCAGCUAGUGAUGCUAUAAGAGAGUCUAAUGCCUACUAAAUAUAGUUUAGCCCAGUUUCUUUAAUAUUUAUUAACUCCUUGUUGCAGCAAUCUUAAAAUGUUUUAUCUUCAACAUGCAUGGAAAGAAAAUUGUCCAUCUAAUAGUUACGAUCGAUGAAAUGAUGUUGUCAAAAGAGGAGAGAAGGCAGUCAACUCUCCCUUUGGAUAAAUACUACAGCACACAUUUUAUUAAUUUCGUAUUUAAAGGUUUUUAAAAUUUUUUUGGUUCUUAAGCCCAAGUUUUUCUAUGCAAUCAAGUUCUUUUAAAGCAUACUACCCAAAAAAUAAUUUGUUCUUAGGAGUGUUCUUGGCUGUAAUGGUUGAAGUCUUGAUAAAAACGUCCUCAGCGCUGGUGUGGCCGCUCGUCAACGUCUACUUGAAAGGAGACAUCGAAUGGGAGAUAUUAAUUGAACUAUUGACAGCCGUUAUUUACUUGUCGGUGAACAUAGUAUCAAUAACAUGUCGCUGUCUCCAGGGCGCCAUCGCCGUGAACGCGAGCUUCGUGUAUCUCUUGGUGCAAGCAGACAUAGAAAAUAUAAUGAAAAUGGAAUUUAAUGAAGAAAAAUUCGAGGAAACAAUAAUAAACUUAAUUCAAUAUCAUCAGAAAAUCAAUCGGCUAACUUGCGAGCUGAGAGAUAUUUUCACUAUUUUGUAUUGUGGAGAUCUUUUGGCGGCCUCACAAAAAUUGGGGUGCCAGGGUUUCACACUGAUGACUAUUAAUAGUAUUGACAUCCAAAGAUAUUUUGUACAAAUUUGGUACAUUAUCAAGACUGUCCUUUCGUUCUUCAUCUUGUACUGGCCAGGACAGCUGCUUGCAGAUAUGAGUGCGAGAGUGGCAACUGCAGCCUUCAGCAUCCGCUGGUAUACCAAGAAUAGGAGGAUUAGUACAUUAGUCAAUUUGAUUAUUUUGAGGUCACAAAGACCAGCGCACAUGACAUCGAAGUUUGAAUUAAUGACAUUGAGGAGUUUCGGAAAGGUAAGCGAUUGCGGGCCAUGCCAUGACCACAGGGAGGCACGGGAUCAAGACACCGGAUCUGCUAAACUCAGGCCAUCCCUGUUGUGCCGUGCGCCUACUGUAGAUCAAACAGUGCUUUCUUAAAAAUUAUAAUUAAUGCUAUUUAAAAUGAUGCGGCGCCGCGGCGUUCUCAUCUCAGUGACCUAGGCUGGAAUAAAGAGCAAUAAUUUUCAUAUUUUACAUUUCACUAUUUGAAAACUACUAGGUUAAGUAAUAGCUAGUAGUAAUUAGUAGUAAGUAAGUACUAACUAAUUUAUUCUUCUACUUGUUAACAGAUACUGGUCAAAGGAUGGUCG